AUCAGAUCGUAAUCCACUUCUAUUAUAUAAUGAUCAUUGAAUACAGUAUAAAUUUUGGUUUUCUUCUCUCUCCUUACCCACUGAAUCAGUUGCAAGGUUUUUGUAGCAAGUUUCUACGUUUCUUUGUCUUCUUCAACUUUUGGGUUAUUAUUGAAUUUCAUUGUUGGCAAAGAAUAUAUUCCUUCUGUGACUCUUGUUUUGAUCAUAUGCAGUAAAAGAACUGCAACUUUGCUUUCCACUUUCCAUCUCUUGGGAAUUUUUCUGCUUUACCUGAAAUUGUUCAUUAAUGGCGGAAUUGGUGGGUCCUCGACUGUACAGCUGUUGUAAUUGUCGAAACCAUGUUUCUCUUCAUGAUGAUAUAAUUUCCAAGGCUUUUCAGGGAAAAAAUGGCAGAGCCUUUCUGUUCUCCCACGCGAUGAAUAUCAUUGUGGGAGCUAAAGAAAAUCGGCAUCUCCGAACGGGUCUCCAUACUGUUGCUGAUAUCUGUUGUGCUGAUUGCCGUGAGGUUUUGGGUUGGAAGUACGAGCGAGCUUAUGACGUAUCUCAGAAGUACAAGGAAGGGAAAUUCAUUCUUGAGAAGUCAAAGAUUGUUAAGGAAAACUGGUAGCAACUGGCUGAGAUCCUCCUUCAACUUGUUCCACCAUUGAUUGUUAAGCAUAUAAACCUUGGUAAUGCUCAUGUUGUACAGAAAUUGUUCAUGGAAUUGAAUUUGUCAUUGUUUAUCUAUGUUCAUUCUUGCCGUGUUCCAUAUGUGAAAGAUGUUUGAAGUCUGGAAAAAAUUAUUUUCCCAGAAGCCUGUUGUUGCUGAUAUUGUUGCUCCGGUGUUCUAUCUCAUUAAGUUAAUUGACUGGAACUCCUGUAUAGAAAUUACAGAAAUAAUGAGAAAAGUCUCAUGUUUAUAUCC